GAGUCCUCAAUAUAUAUAGCACCAACCUAAUUGAGAGACCCAUUUUCAAAAUUUGCCUACAAGAAGAAACAGAAAAUUCGCAGAGAAAACGCAAGAAAAUCGACGAGAAAGUCCCUAGAAAAUCUUAAAACAAUAGAGAAAGAUCUCCUCCUUGAAACCCAUCUGCUGUUGAUUUGAAUUUUGCCUGAAAAAUCGAGAAUGGCAAUGCAUUCUGGUCGUCUGAUUCAAGAUCAGAAUUUUCUUAUUCCCCACAAUGGUUCUUCUGUUGGGAGUAAGACUAACGUCCUGAAAGGGAAAGGAGGUCUUGGCGGAAGGAGACCACUUGGUGAUUUGUCGAACUCAGGGAAGCCUGAUCUAAAUCAUGCACCAAAAAAGCAGACUUCCAAGAAUCUCGCUGUCAUUGGUGAAGAAUCUGGUGCCUCACAAAUAAGAAAUGAUACAAGCAAAAAGAAAAGCGUCUCUAAAGCCUCAGAGAAGGUGAAGACUGGUACCAGGAAGGCGCUUUCUGACAUUUCUAACUCUAGCAAGCCACAUCUGCAUGGGGCAUCAAAGAAGAAUCUUAACCAGAAGUUUAGUGUGGUGGCACAGGAAGCACUUCAUCCUAUUGCCGAGGAACAAUUUUUGCACAAUCAUCAAGAAUGCAUCAAAGCACAGACUAAGGCUAUGGACAUUGAUGAAUUUCUGACGACAGUUGGACUAGAUAAUGGUAAUCAAACUUUGUUAACAUAUCUUUCCAAGUGCUUAGCAUCUCCAUGUGCUGCACCACCAGUGCGGAGUAAAUUGAAGCCUGAAAGCCCCCUGAAGUACCUUGAAUUGGAAGAGAUGGCUGAGCUGCUGAUUGAAGAUGAUGGGUCUUCUUGGAAGCAUGAGUUGUCACGCAUGCCUGCCUCUCCACCUCCUUUCAAAACCCCAAGAUCACUGAAUCAUUUUACACCCUGGAAGGACUGCGACUUCAUCAAUUUUAAGUUGAUGGAGACUCCAGAAGUGACGAAGAACUGAUUUCUCGUGUAAAUGUUUGUUCUCUUGUAUGCAAUCUGUGGCAAGCAUGUGAUGACAAUUCUCUCCCUUCCUCUCUCUCUUGGAUGGAUUGAAAUGCAGACUUUCAUAUUCUAGACUCGUAUUAGCUGUGGCUUGUUAAGUAAUAGAAUGUUGCCUUGUUCAGAAUUUCA